CUAUCUGCGGUUGCGCGUCAGCUCUCAUUGGCUGCCAGCGAUAAUCGGUCAGCCAGAGCAGCGGAGGGCACAGGGCAGCAUGUUUACACCUACUUAGUCUCACAAUUGCUUGUCCUGGACGAUUUACUCGCUUCAUUUAAUUACUGUUAUUUUAUUUUUUAUUUUUUUCGGAGAGCUCUUGUAAAGGGGCCGUCGGCGGCUAUGUUGCUGGUGUGUCGCGCCGGGAGGUUGUCAGCAGCGGCUUUGGAUCCGGCGCUCAAGUCACCAGGAUGGUUUGUGGUGCAGGUCAAAGCAAACAGACUGACAGCAAACACGGGCCCGGGCACGUUUCAGACGCACCGGCUCUUCUGCGCGUCCGUCGGCGGAGUCGAUCCGAGCCGUGCGUACCUGGGGAAGCAGCGGCGGGACGCGGCGCUUAAGUGGGACACGUCGUCUGGUUUUGUAACAGCGGACCGGGGACACUUGGACCGGGUGGCCGCUGUCGCUGUGAAUCUGCCCCAAAGCGUGCAGAGGGAAGGGGGUGAAUUUGAUAUUAUCGGGCUCCUUUGUGCAAACGGGCGCCACAGUAGCAGCAGGGGACAGCCGGCGGUUAAUGUUUUGUUUACUGGUAACUCUUGGUCGGUUUCCAGUCGACGCUCCUGCACCAGGACCAUGCAGACCAGAUCAUCAUCAUCCACAAGUGCAGCCGCGAAGAAAGGCGACGCGGGCGAGGAGCAGGCAGGCGGCAUCAAAGAGGACGUGCAGAGUUUAAAAGAAGACCCCUCAUCCUCAUCACCCGAGAAGGUCGUGGGGGACACAGAACCAGAGGGAGGAAAACCCAACAAGACCCAACAGCUAAAGAAAGUCUUCAAGGAAUAUGGAGCAGUGGGAGUUUGCUUCCACAUUGGGAUUUCUCUCAUGUCUCUGGGGAUGUUCUACCUCCUUAUAUCCAGUGGGAUCGACAUGGCGGCCGUGCUCUGCAAAGUGGGCUUCAGCGAGUCCGUCGUUCAGUCCAAAAUGGCCGCGGGAACCAGCACGUUCGUCCUGGCCUACGCCAUCCACAAGCUCUUCGCUCCGGUCCGCAUCAGCAUCACGCUGGUGUCCGUGCCUCUCAUUGUCCGCUACUUCAGAAGGACUGGACUCUUUAAACCACCCACACCUGCACCCUGAUGCUCGUUCACGGCUCCCCCCCUCUGCCCAAUAAAGCAACAAACAUCCUGAAAGUGUAUACUUCAAACGCCUACGUAUAUAGAUCUCGGCUCGUUCGCCUUUUCUUAGAAACAUCUCAUCUCUUUGCAUUUGUGAAGUCAGGUGCUAGUGCAACAUUAGUUCCUGCUGCACCAGUCAGAUGUGUGUUGCUGUGGGAUUAAAGUAGGACUUCAGUCUUUGGCUCAGACAUAAUUGUUUUAGGGCUAAGGUCUUAAAGUGUGUGCAUUCCAAAAACAAAUAAAUAAAUAAAUCAUUACAUAUUUAUUUACAAUCAGAACACAGAUCAGGGAUUAUUUUGCCAGAUGGCAGGUCUGCUUCUUAAUGCUGUGAAGGUUGCCCUUAGGAAUAAAUUGGAAUAAGCUGAUUUUUAUGUCCACUGUUCCCUGAAAGCUGACUGUGUUCUGGUGUUAUAUGAAUCAGCAGAAUACCUCAGGUUCCCCCUGUGUCUUACCUCUCUCAUCUCACCUCUCUCUGUCCCUACAGUUUGUUUCCUAGUCUCUCCUGGCACCCAUUAUUUCCCUCUCCUCCCUUCCCUCAGUCAUUUCCCAAAUGACACUACAUUAAAAGAAGUACAUUAAUCUUGUGUAUUUCACUGCAAACUGUCGGUGUAGAUUGUUGGUUUUUGAGUUGUUAAUGAUUGAAUGGACCGUAUUUAAUUAUUAAAAAGGGAAAUUCUGUUUUA